AUGACAGUUUUAAAUGAUAAUAAUACAAACAGUAAUAACAGCAAUAAUAUAGAUGAAAAUAAUAAUAAUAAAGAUAUCAUAGAAAAGUUAACAGAAGACAUAAAGAGUAUUGAAAUUAAACAAGACGAUAAAAACAAUAAUAAUAAUACACCAGUAUUCAAUACAUUAAACUCUGUUAAAAAAGAAACCAAUUCUAUUGUUAUCGAUGAAAAAUUAGCAGAAAGAUUAAACAAUAUAGUAAAUGAAGAUGGUAAACCUAGAAUUAUAGCACAUACAACAACUAGUGAUUCAACUUCAUUUUAUGAUGAAGUAGAUAUUGAAGAUAUGGAAUUUGAUGAAGAUGAACGUGUAUUUUUUUAUCCAUGUCCAUG